AUGAUCGAGUUCAUUCCUAUCCUGAGGGACGAUCGCGUCCACGAGGACGACGGAAGGUACAACCUCGAUGUGGAGACUGCCAACGGCAUCUCCAUGUCCAGUCCGGCUCUCCCGACGGUCCCGACGGCGCCAUCGUCAAGGCAGGACAAUACUCAUCACAUGAUUCUGUGUCAGAACUCAUAUACGCAGAAACAUAACAGUAGAUAUAUCACUUACCAAUGUAAAUGUUCCAGUUACACCGCCCCUGAUGGCUCUCUGAUCGAGAUCAAAAUCGCCUUCGCCGCUGAGGAGGACGCCGCCCGUGAACGUGCUGAGGCUCAGGCUUCCGCCCCCGCGCCCACCACGCUCUACGGCCAGCCUCAGUAG